UGCUGCUUGGGAUAAGAAGGCACGACUAGCGCUGCACUUGCCUGCAUCUGCGCUUGAAACUUCUUUGCUACCUCUCUUAAACGUUCGUGAUCUUCGCACUUAUUAGCAUCAUCAAUUCGCAAGAGCUACCAAUAGUCAUAACAGCUUCACCACCUCUAUUGGCUUUGCCUUCGUUAUCGCACUGCAGUGCAAUCUUCGUUUGGAUAGCAAGGGACUGUUUUACCCCCCAGAAUGGCAGGCUACGGUCAACAUCCCCAUACAGGCUAUGGCUCACCUGCACCAACGCAGGGUCAGCAGCCGCAUGGUCAAUAUGGCGCUCCUCCGCCGCAGCAACAUGGCUAUGGCCAACAACCUAGCUACGCGCAACAACCUCAACAAGGACACGGACAGCCUCAGGGAGGUUCUCAAGGCGUCGGCAUCUUUAGCCAAUUUAUGAAGCCCUAUCCCACCACAAUCGUCCUCAAGGAGCACGUCAUGUCCUUAACGGGCGACUCUUUCAGUGUCAAACAGGAGGAUGGAACGCGCGUCAUUCAAGUUGAAGGCAAAUUGAUGUCGAUUUCGGGCCGCAAGAAGGUCACUGACAAUGCCGGUAACCACCUGUUCGACAUUUCCAAGGAGCAUCUACAUAUUCACACAACCUUUGCGAUCGAGGAUCCCAACGGCCAGAAGCUGAUGGAAGUGAAGAAUAGCUUCAAGCUUUUCGGAAGUAGCGCAACUGCAACGUUCACCAGCACCAACGGCAGGCAAGAAAGGCUGAAGAUGAAGGGGUCUUUCUUCGACACGAGCGCGGAGAUUAUAGAUGAGGAGCGUGGUGGUCAGGUCGUGGCGCGUAUUGACCGCAAGCUGCUUAGUGGGAAGGACAUUUUCUUUGGGCAGCAGACCUACGCGGUGCAAAUUAUGCCUGGGGUAGAUCAGGCGCUUAUUGCUGCCAUGUGCAUUUGUCUGGACGAAAAGAACAAUGAGGCGUAGUUUAGCGCGAAGAUACCAUGAUUCAUUCCGUC